UGGAGGGAAACACCUCAGGCAACUUAGCAAUGGCGGAAAUUCCGUUGUUUUUUAGUGGAUGAAAUGUGACCUUUGUGAGUAGAAUCCUUUAACGGUGACCUGAUCCUGUGGAUCGCCCUACUCGGGGUAAGCAGAGAGCUAUGUGUCCCUUAUUUAUUUACUUGAGCGCAUUUAAAGCUGACGUUCACUGUGUAUAUGUGCGAGGUGCUGUCGUGACGUCAUAAAUCACUUGACUCAAGACAUCAGCUUACCAACUCGUCAACGUUGUGGUUAGCAGUCAUGAAGGCGGACGACAAAGAUGUGGCGUCUUCGUCAGGCGUGAGUGAUGGUGACGAAGAGGGUGACGAGGAGGAAGGAGUUACUUCGUUAGGAGCUUCUGACCUCAUGGAGAAGCGCGCUCGUCUGAGCCCAACAAUCAAACGCGGCCGCGACGCUUGCCCCGCUGUUUGCUCUGCGAUGCCGGCGUCGCCUAAUGUUGUUGUCGCCGCCGAGACCAAGCCCCGCCACUGGUCCUGCAAUAACAAAGACUACUGUCGCCACCGAACUUCGGCAGACCAGAGAAAAUGUCUUUCUUUACUUUACGCAGAACACAGCCGCAAUAGUGGGCAUGUGCCUGAUGCAGAGAGCCAUCUCAUGGGAAAAGAAAAUGGUCAAAAUCCUCUGGGGCUUGGAGAGGCGUGGCAGCCUCAGAAUGCGCAACAUGGCAACAGCAACAGAAUGCUUUUUGAUUCGUCGGACGACAGUGAAGAUGGAAGAGAGCGACCAGGCGACGAGCAGUACGAGGGCAGUGAAGAGAAUGACGACGACGACGCAAAGAGAGACCGCUUGUACCAACAGAGCAGAUUUAAUCAUUACCAGAAACUCCUGAAGGAACACGAAUUUGUAGAAGGAGGCGAUGAAGAGGAGUACCUUAGGUUCCUUUAUCGCCGCCAUCUCUACUAUAAUCAACUCCAGAAGAUAUCUCCGAAAAAUAUUAAGCUUUUCAGAAGGUUUGAGCAAAUGCAAAACGAGCGGCUCAAGUCGCAAAGCAAAGGAGCUCAAAUGUCACAUGAGCUGACGAGUGCCCAGGCAAGUUUAGCUAUGGCAGAUAUUGACUUCAGGAGUCGAAAUAAAUUUUACCGCCGGUCGAAAGGCCAGGAAAGUGCCGGCAAGUGCGGGUCUCUGGAAUCCAGAGUCCAAGUGCGGGGCAAACCUACCACCAGAGAUUGUCUUCACACGUCCUCUCAGAAACCUGAUUUCAGAAGGGAGGACUUGCACGCUGGCCAAUCUGGCCGAGGCGGCCACUCUACUUGUUCGACGUCUACUUUUGCGCACCUCGACAAUUUCUUGACCAUUCCAUUCUUGCUGCUGGCAUUCCUGUCAUUCCUGCUGGUCGUGGAGUCUGUCAACGGCUGUCGGUUGUCCGAGUUCACAUGCGGAAGUUACGACUGCAUCAGCGCGGACGCAUUUUGCGACGGCGAAGCCGACUGCCCCGACCGCUCCGACGAACCCAGAGACUGUUCCCCCUGCAACCGCACCUUCUACGGCGACGUGGGCAAGAGCUAUGAAGUGUCCGUCAAGAAGCCGCCUGACUUGCUUACAACCUUCACGUGCCACCUCACCUUCAUCGCGGGGGGCGAGACAUACGGCGACCUCGUGCAGCUCACCAUACAGGAGUUCAGCCUGGGCGACUUCUUCAGCUACAACAGCGGGUGUCCCCAGGGCUGGAUGCAGAUCAGUGAGCGCGACCGCCCCUACAGCGACGGCUACUGGUGCGGGGACGGCAAGGGCUUUAACAUCUACUACAGCGAGACCAGCACCGUCACUCUCACGCUCAAGCAGUUCAUUCCUAUGGACUAUAUUCACUUCGAGAAUUUGUUCCAAGCGCCGUUCAAGUUUCGGUUAAGCUACAAGACGCUGCGACUGGAGCAAGCCGUGCUGCGGUACGGCAGGCACCCCGCGUCCAAAAACAGGGGGGAACUCGCGCCCGGCUCGCUGUGUGACCGGUUCUUCACGAACUGCGACGAGCACCGCUGUGCCGUGCAGAGCCCCAACUAUCCUGGCAUGUACCCUCGCCAUAUCACGUGCCACUACAUCCUGCGCCAGACGCGCUACGUGCCAUACUCCAGACCUCUCAUCUCCGUCGUACAGAAGAACAGACUCAAGUUCAACGUCAAAGAUAGAUCAGCCCUGCCCAGCCAGGGCAUCUUCCCUCAGGGGCUGCAGAUCUGGAACUCGUGCGAUCUCGUUCACGAUUUUUUGAUGAUCUAUGACGGGAACUCAACGGACGCGCCGCUGCUGCUGAAAGUGUGCGGCUCAGGAGAGAUGCCGCUGGUCACGUCCACGGGGUCUGAGAUGCUCGUCGUGUUCACUACGUCUCGGUUUGACGAGCCCACGUCUGAGAGUUUUAUGCCUCGUAAGAUGGGUUUUGAAUUGGAUGUGAAGGUCAAUUACCUCGACAUGGACUCGCAGCGCUUCGCCAGGAAUAGACAAUGCGUCUUCCAUAUAUUCAGUUCGAACAAUAGAACAGGCGAUGUUACAUCGGUCAUCAACAGCCAGCCUCGGAACUCCACGUGUGUUUAUUUAUUCCAUGGUGAACCACAUGAAGUUAUUUGGAUACACUUCCGCAAGUAUGAAAUAUUGCCGAAAUUGGGGCAUUACACCGUCAAUUUGACAGAGUGCAUCAACCCGCUGUUUAUUUACGAAGGCAAUCUGUACGACACGAGACUCCCUUACAACGCCCCCCAGAAAAUCACGAAGCUCGCCGACCACUGCACCACUCGCCCUCCUCCAAUGUGUGCUCGCGAGUACCGCUACUCUCGCCAGGGCCUCGCUUCUGGCGUUAAAUCUUGCACGCGCAAUGAAAGCUACAUCGCCAAUGGGUCCAAGAUGACCGUGGUGCAGUUCUACAACGAAUCCACGGCGGCGCUCGGCAUGGACUUUGUGCUGCGGUAUGAAUUUGUCAACACACGGCCUGGAUACAGACCCAGCAACGACUCAAAGUGUGACCAAGAGGCCAUUAGUGACGGCUACUCCCACCGCACUGGCCGCUUCUUCGCUCCCUUGACUUCGGUGUUGUACGGCCGCUGGGGCCACACGCAUCUCAAGUGCCAGUACCGACUCCUCGCUGCUGCUGAUGAAGUCGUCAGAAUAACCAUCACUAAAUUCAGAACGGCUUCUCGCUACUGCUAUACGACAAUCAAUAAUUUUACGGGUAGCUAUGACUGCGAAACUCACGGCAGACGCUUCGCGUCGCUCAUCGUUUCUGAAUAUCCAUGGAACGACAUUGAAGUUCCUCGACUAUGCACCUGCGAUGAUAAAGUUUUGCCUAUAAGGUACGAGUCUCGCUCGCGAGAACUUCGUCUCAAGUUUGAUGUAAGUAACAUGGAUGACACGCACGACUUUUAUGACUUCAUGUUCGAGGCUCAGUACGAGUUCAUCAAGAAAAUGUCAUGCAAGAGAGAACAGCGCUUCCAAGGUACCAGCGGAGAGAUUGUCUUUCAUCACUUGAACAUAAGCGACGAGAGACCUUGCAACAAUUAUCCUUGGCUUCUGCAAACUUCUGACUCUCGCAAGUCCAUUUAUUUCAGGAUUCGUGGCUAUGAUCAUCUCGACAGGAACUGUACGAGCACCACAAGACUCUUGAUAUUCAAAGUUGGACGCUUGAGGCCAGUCGGAGUCUUGUGCCCUGACCCGUACAGUAAGAACGUCGUGGAGCUCUUUAGCUUCGCUUGGCGAGGCUCAGGAGCUCUUGAAGAACAGUCCACGGACAAACUGGUGCUUGAAGUUACAUCGCGGGAUCAGAAAAAUUUAUACCCGCAAAUUGGUCCGCACACUUUGUCGUGGCUGCAGGUAUCGCCCGCCCGGCAGUACGACUGGGCUUCAGAGGGCAUCGUGAUGGGAUGCCGGCAAGAGUGCCCCGAGCUCGGUGUUUGUAUCAGCGAGGAAUUGUGGUGCGAUGGCAUCCACCAUUGCCCGUCAGGUCAUGACGAGCUCAUUGCACACUGCUUUUUCCAGUCAGUGCCGUGGGCCUACAUAGGCGUGGGGUCGACCGUGAGUGUUUUGUUGCUCUUUGGCGUCAUUAUUUACGGUGGGAUUCGGCUGCGUUCUGCGGGUAAAAAGAAAACUCGAAGUCCUACAAUCCCCACACUUCCCACCGCCUCCGAGUCGCUCUUCUCCUCGGACAAAGACGCUGCAGAGCGCGACGGUCACGUGAGCUCCACGUACAGCCUGGACUACAGCGAGAUGGACUACGUGACGACCUUAUGAGGCGGCAAGAUUGUAGCGGAGACUCGUGCGCGUCGUGGCCCUCCACGCCGGGGGCCCUCACGACAUGUGGACGGUUGAGUCGUGUUUACGGUGCUCUGAAUAGCCGUGCUUUAUUCUAGUAAUACCGUGAUGAUGCAAAUUAGUUUCGAACAAACGCAAAUAUAGGAAGUUGUUUCGAACUUUAAUGUAUAGGAUGCGAGAACAAAGAGAGCUAACAAAUACGAUGAUUGCGUUAUUCAGGCUCGGUAAAAUGGGAAGAAUGUUGCUUCUAGCGUCGCAUAUUAAGUGCGUGCAAUCCAUUGAAUGGCAUCCACUGUUGGGUAAACCGUUUAAAACAUUAGGUGUCUCCAAAUUGCAGGGUAUAUCCUAAAAAAGAAAAUGUGAAGUCACUCUUAAAUUAAAUAUGUACUCUUAUUUGCUUCGCUAUAAAAUUAUAAAUGGCCUCGAUGUACAAUUUCAAAGACCAAGUACGUUUGCUUUGCACCUGUGAUAGAAAAAUCUCUCGAGUGCUUUCAACAGCCAAAAUGGCAGAGGUGCUCAAUAUAAAAGUAAUCUAAUGGAAAUGUGAGUAAAUAUAAUUUUUUGUGCAACGAUAAAGGCUUCAAGUCAGUCGUUAUUGCAUAGCCCCGGAGCUUUAGGUAUCGCCUGCGUGCAGCUGAAGCCUCCAAAUUAAAAGAAGAGAUUUUCAGUUGCCGGGCCAAAGCGCCAGCACGACGCGCCCCUCGUACGAAUACAAUGGUGCAUCUGAGCGAUCAGUUUUCCACCAUGGCAGGGUCUGAUGCGAACUCCUUGUCACUGCAAGAUAAUCCGUUGACUUUUAUCAUUUCUCUACGAUAUUGCAGACCCUAGCAAUCGAAUGCAAAUCGUACGAUGUUGUUGUUCGGGAACUGCGUGCGUUGUUCCGUACUCACGCAUAGUAGCUGAUGAAUAGAUAAACUGUUAGGCAUGUAAAUACAGUGGCUUUAACUAGUGACCAGACCUGCGUGUGUCGUGUUCAUAGAGAGACGCCUGUAGAGACUUCGUUUCGAUCAGCCGUAUGUCGUUUGAAAUUGUUAUUAUUAUAAGCUUAAAUUUAUCUUGCUUAUCGAGUCUAAUUUAUCUGUAGAUAUUAAAAUGUUUGCACAUAUUGUACCAAAUAAUUAUUAUCAACUGAUAGUGUGCGUGAAGAGACUUUGUUAUUUAUGUUGA